CCAAUGACCCUGGCUCGUGUUUGGACAGUCAGACUGUUUGUCAGGCUUCAUUGUGAAGAAGAAGAAGAAGAAGAAGGGAGACACAGCAGGUGUGGACAUCGUCAUGACGACUGAAUACCAUGAUGACACUGAAGACGACAGCACCUCGUUCUGGAACAAAGAGCCUCGACCUGUCUCCUUCUCAGGUGUCUCAGGUGUCUCCAGGUUCAGACGUUGGUUGUUUCCUGCUCUGACAGCGACACUGAUCCUGGUUCUGAUCAUAGCACUGGGAGCUAGCAACACGAAGGCGUCAAACCGACUGUGGUCGUUGGAGAAAAGUGUUUCCAACCUGACUGAAUCACUGAGCUCUGCACAGCAGCUCGCUAAAGACGCAGCGAAAGACGUCCACCGGCUGAAGUUUGCUGUGGAGAACAACAAGGACCAGCUGAGCUCAGUGUCUGAGGCGCUGAAGCAGCUCACAGCUCUGGACUCUCUCAGCAGGACGGUUGCGACGCUCAAAUGUUCCCUCGAACGCUUCAUCAACAACGCUUCAGCGGUGGACGGCUGUUGUCCUCUGGGUUGGGAUCUUUUUGGUACCAGCUGUUAUUUUUUCAGCAGGACACCUUUGCCCUGGCACGAUGCUAGAAACUGGUGCAAUGGACACGAAUCUCACCUGGUCAUACUUAACACUGAUGAGGAGUGGGACUUUGUGAACCGUCAAGCCACAGGCUCCUUCUACUGGGUGGGUUUGACCGACGAGAGAACAGGGAAAUGGGAGUGGGUCAACCAGACGCCAUACGUCAUGAACCGGAGGCGGUGGAAACCCGGCCAGCCCGACAGCUGGACCGGUCACGGUCUUGGUCCCGGAGACGAGGACUGCGCUCACCUUCACACUGACGGACGCCUCAACGACCUGCACUGCUCCACCAGGAUGCGCUACAUCUGCCAGAGACACAGCCAGCGCGGCUAAGGACCGCCACCUCGUCCAGGCUCCGCCCACAUACUGCUCGCCUCACGUGUGCUCAGAUCUACUGUAGGUUGUCACGGAAACGUCAUUAAAAAGUUGAUCCCUA